AUGGCACCAGUAGCUGUCGAACCCCAACAUCUUCAACAAAAACAUGCGCGCACAUACCCGCCCAGAUACGUGCCUCUGGUCGCGACAAUAUCGCAUGCGACUCUAGUCAUCGCGCUGACUGCGAUCGUGGGACGCGGUCUGUAUUUCUCAUACAGGUCGCUGCCACCCGCACAGUCGACGCGCCCGCGCCUGGCGAACCGUGACAGGCUGGUACCUGUGUUUUCUGCCCUUGCCGCCCUCAGCUUGGCGCUGGCGACACGUUCGACGUCCCAGUACGCGUCUAUAUCAUACAGCAAAUGGGCGGAUGAGCGUGGUAUUGAUUCAGAAGGGUGGUUCCCUUAUCUUACCGGCGGCAACUUGACACGCUGGCUACAUGACACACCAGUGUAUCGGGAUGCGCUUGAGAUCGUCGCCGAGAAGGCGCGCCGUUUCUGGUGGGCCCAGCAGGCAGACCUUGGUCUAGUCUCGUGGGCACUCCUGCUCUCCAUAGAAGGACACCGCCGCCGAAUCCCUCACCUUUGGGCCUACCUGGCACUGUCGCAGCUUGUCAAUCUGUCAUAUGCGCAAAACCUCUUCUAUCUCGCUAUGCUACUGACCCCAGUCCCCCUGGCUGAUGAUGGGAACAGAGGGAACCAAGAAAAUUCUGUGCUCGCGCGAGGGCUGCACCGGGUAUUUCCACCCAAACCAGCGAACUGGUGUCCACAUCCUGGCGUGUUCCUGGGCAUCCUGUUUCUGAACCUCGGAGCCGUAUCUCUGCUUCCGCAUGUCGCUGAAACCUCAGCAACAACUGACAGCAUCAUCUCGCUUGCGGUUACGACACUCGCCACAAGAACACUUUCCAUGAUACUGGUUGCCAUGCCAGCAGCCAUCCCGGUAUCUUGGGGAACCGUGCACGCUCACCCGCACGACGCAUAUGGAGCCUAUUCCCAAAUAUUCCGCACGGCAUCACUGGCGAGCCUUGUCCUACAUGGCAAAGCAUCAUUGACGGCUCUCACAUACAACACGCCUGGUUCGCACACGCACAGGCACCUACGCAUACAGGGCGUGAUCCCUUCCUCUCUCGCAUGGGAAUAUAAGAGGCGGACGGAGUGGGAAAGGACUGCGACAGCGGUGACCAAAGUCCUCGGGUCUACAAAUGACCAUCCUGUUGUCGCUGCAGUGGGGAACGACGUUCUGCUUUCGGCCUUGUCGCUGGGCAUCUGGGCUGCCGCACGGGCGCUGGAGCCACAUCACAUUUUGCGCUCAUGCUGGCCGUUCUAUUCACCAGGAGCCGCUGGAAGAUCAAUGGCCGAGGACAUCAGCUCUCUCGCCGAGGAUUACGCAGAUGGCGUCGAGGUUGAACCGGCGGACGAAGCAGUGGUCAAGUCCGAGCUGGACCAUCAAGACAUGCCGAUCAGUCCUCGAAAACGCGGAAGGCCUCCCAAGAAUGCGGCUGCUGCUAGCCUGCCCGCCUCUGACGAAACUGCGCCAACGAUUCGGCGCCGUGGUCGGCCUCGAAAGGUCAAGCAAGAAGAGCCGGAACCGAAGCCGGAAACAGAACAAAUAGCAGAUCCGACAUAUGAGCCCACUCCAGAAGAGGCAGCACAGGUGGUCGAAGGUGACGCCCUUCCAGAGGAGGAUCUGGACUGGGAGGUGGCUGCCCUCGCGUGGGGAAUCACAGCCAUAGGUGGACUUGGAUGUGGCAGCGCUGGCGUCUAUGGAGGAGAAUGCAUUUCUCGGUAA